GGCUGUUUUGGCGGGCGUUGCGCAGAAGCGGCGGCUGUGAGGGGGUACAACCCAGGGAGGGGGAGUUGGUUCCGUCUCGACCCCGUUACUUUCUCCAGGAAUUGGGUAGCCUUGGUGCGUUAGGUGCAACUUCCGCACUAUGGGCAAGAGAAACAAGAGGACAGCAGAUAGUUCGUCCUCUGAAGAUGAGGAGGAGUAUGUUGUGGAGAAGGUUCUAGACAGGCGUGUUGUGAAGGGUCAAGUGGAGUAUCUUCUCAAGUGGAAAGGAUUCUCUGAGGAGCAUAAUACUUGGGAACCUGAGAAGAACCUUGACUGCCCUGAACUGAUUUCUGAGUUUAUGAAAAAAUACAAAAAAAUGAAAGAAGGUGAAAACAAACCCCGGGAGAAAUCAGAGAGUGCCAAGCGGAAAUCAAGCCUCGCCAAUAAUGCUGAGGAUCUCAAAGCCAAAAAGAAGAGGGAGAGCACCGAUAUCGCCAGGGGCUUUGAAAGAGGGUUGGAGCCGGAAAAGAUCAUCGGAGCCACAGACUCCUGCGGCGAUUUAAUGUUCCUCAUGAAAUGGAAAGACACGGAUGAGGCUGACCUGGUUCUAGCCAAAGAAGCCAACGUGAAGUGCCCUCAAAUUGUGAUAGCGUUUUAUGAAGAGAGACUGACCUGGCAUGCGUACCCAGAAGAUGCUGAGAACAAAGAGCGAGAGGCGGUGAAGAGCUAAAGUGACCAGGGUCUUCUGUCCACACACAGUUGUACAUAUUUCACCCUUCUCUUCCCCCUCAGCCCAAACACAUCCAUGAAAAUGUGCUUAUUACUGUGCUCCACAGGAGAAACGUUGAUAUUGGUUGGUUUAGUCAUAACAUAAAUGGUGUUAGUCGCGUUCGGUUUUGCUCCAAGAGAUUGACAUGCUGUGUGUGUGUUCCUCCCUCCCCUCAUGUCACGAUCCAGAACAUGAUUCUUGCUUUGAAAGCCCUCUCAGAGCCUGCAGGCCUUUCCCCCCCUGCCUGGUGGUUCACUUUGCAUCAUGUUGCUUUGUUGCAAAUCAUUCCAUACUGUUGCUCUAAGAGAGGGCUUUAAAAGCGACAAGAGCUACCUGUAUUGGGGAAAGACGCCCUCUGACUCAAUACAUAGUUUUGAUUCUGAGAAUGCCCCGCCCCCCAAAAAACCCCUCACCCACCCCGUUGGUCAAGGCAGGUCUCCAUGGGGCUCCUUUUUAAUUGCUUAAGAACAGCUGACAUCUUGCUGAGUUGAGUUCCAGAGUGCUAGAGAGCAGAGCUCACCAAGAGCCCCAGUGCCAGCGUCACUUACAGUGGCCCCAGUCAUUUUUACCCAGUGCCCAUUCUCUGGCUGCUAGGCAGGAGCAAGUAACCUGCAAAGGGAAUCACCAGAAAAUGUAUUGCUAAAAAAGACAGCUCUUCUCCCCCCCCCCUUUAACACCUGCCCGUGCAUCUAACCAUACCCAGUAUCCUCGUCUUCCAUUUUUCUUUCCACACAGUAACUUGUGUUAGUAGGUGUGAGCAUUGUGUGCCAUACUUCGAUAAUUUUUGCCAUCUGUGACUGCUCCUCAGAGGCCAAGCAUUGUGGUCCCCAAACUGGAUUAGUUUCUGCGCUCAGUCACCGUGAGAAUGGGUAAGGGCUUCUCCGUAUAUAUGGCAUACGUUCCUGGCAUGAUAAUGUCUGGUUGACGGAGCUCUUCUUGUUUGGGUCCUGAGCCUUCCAGUAUCUCUUAAGAAAUAAAGUUCACUCUGGUUACAUUUUCCGCAUUUUUUAAAAAGCAAAAUAACUUGGAAGAAGAAGCCUCCUGUGAGCCCCUGUCACUGCACGCACCUGGCCUCCUCUGGCCAGGUAUAGUGUGUCAGGAGCCCAGAGCAGCUCUGAAGGUGCAAGAGCUGCUCUGGGCUGGCAUUUGUUUCUCUUCAGCUGCCACCAGACAUAGGCUUUCUCUGCACUGGUGCUGUGGCUGUUGAACAAUUCUGUGCUUAGAAUUCCGGCGCUUUCUUGUUCAAUGUGGGGAAGGGCCGGUCACAGAAAGCAGGUAGCGGAAUCCCCUCUGUAGCGCCCCUUGCCCAUAACAUUUCACGUGCAUGUUUUUUUAAAAAAAAAUUGACAUGGCAUGCCUGUAAUUGUGUAAUUUAGGCGGGACAUAGGGCCCUUCAGAAUUUUAGCAGAUCGUUAAUAGUUUGAUCUUCCCUUUUCCUCCUUGCAGACAGACUUGCCAUCACUCUCGACAACAGAAGGCAAAAGUUUGACAGUAUUAAUUGGUGCCAGCUUCUCUCCCCCCCCCCCCGCUAUUUUCUGGAUGUCAGAGGGCUGACAAGGGUUGUGCAUGCUGGUAAUAGACUUCAUGGGAGACAUCGAAAGGAUUGGUUUUUGAAACGGGCCAGGUUUCUCCGCUGUGGAAUUGAAAUGUCUCUGGUCUCUGCAUUUCCAUCAGAUCUCUUUCUAGGUCUGGCUUCUCAUCCCCUUUUUGUCUGUUGUCUUUCCCCAGUCACUUUGAUCCUGUUUACAGAGGUAGAAAGGGCAAGGGGCAUUUCUUAAAAAGCUUGGUAGCAAUCCCCAUUCUGUACAAUUGCUCAGUUCUGUUUUGUGAGUCCAAAGCUCAGUUUUCUCUGUCUUCCUGUAGCUGACAAUCCAGAUGGUUCUUCUAUUCUAUGCCUCCAGUGCUGUCAGUAAUUUCUGCUUAUCGGAAGUUGGUAUAUGGUGUACUAACCUCCAUGGAGUUUUCACUCAACUACUAGUGGUAACAUUCUCCUCUUCUACACACUUUACAUUCAUUUGUAAUUGACCUCGAAUUCCCAGAGCAAGAGUAACUUCACAGUUUCCUCUGUCUUGGAUGUAGCCGUGUCACUUUGAUUAGGACAGAAAGCAGUUUGUGUUGUAUCUGGAUAGAUCCUCCAGAGAGUCACUUGGCACAUAAUUUGGGAUCACAUAUCAAAUUUCGCUUUUCAGGGGUUUAAAUGAAUGCAUGCCUGAGCCAAGAACAUUUGCUACCCCAGAGGUCAAGCAGCAAGUGGGCUUUGCAUCUGGGCGGGCCUGAAAAUAUAAUCUUCUACUGCCUAGUGCAUGAGAAUACUCUAAUACUUUGGGGGUGUUUAAGUGGGGUUGCUGAGAAAGCUUGUGAUGUUAGUUCUAGUUUGAUAGGGGGGGGGGGGGGUUCUGCAGCAGGAAAUGGUGGAACAGAAACCUGUUUGUAAAUAUUUCCAUUUGAGAGACUUUUCUUGGCAUGAAAGUGUCAAAAUCCUAGAGAUAAGUCAGAGAUUUGCAGGCCGCCCCACACUUUUUGUGCUUAACUGAACGCUGCACGUGCAGAUGAAGAACAACAGAGAGAAUCAGAAGCGCCCCACCCUCUGGGUCUCUACCAUGUCUUGCCCCUGUUUGCCUGGCAUUGGAAGGCUGCCUUUCAUUGCAGUUCCAUUGACGUGCGGGUGCCGAUGGGCUCUUCUGAACUCUGACUGAGCUAGUCCUUCCGUGUUCAUGUCUUUCCACAGCCACCUUCUCUCCCCAGGCAGACAUAAUGGGCUGGCAAACUGCCCUAAGCAGGAUAUGUGAGGCAAGAUGGAUUUAAUUUUCUAUAAAUAGUGUCGUUCAAACAGUCACUUUGAGGGAACUCGCGAGGGGCUUGGGGCCCUAUUUUUUUUUACAUGUAGACCUCUUGAAUGAAGAAGUUCCCCCAUCUCUCCACCACCACCCUCAUACACACACCUGUUCUCAGAAAGCCCACUACUCCCUCCUCAUAGCGAUUGGAGCCAGCCGCUUUUUGCGUUGUGUUCUUAUCCAGUGCAAAUGUCUAUACUUCCUUAGAGCCAAUCCCACUCUGCCUUGUUCUGUCUUUUCUUUAACUAGCCCUCCAUUUGAGCAGAAGAAUCUAGGAGGGGAAAGUAAAGCCUUGGGAUUCUCCCAAGUCUCAUUUGCGUACCUGAAGCCUUGAGACUUCAUUCAUUCUCAGCAGCACAGAGAAGAGGUGGUUACGUCUGGUUGAAAAUACAGCCUGUGAAAUAGCAAAAGGCAAUCUGGGGAGGAUUCUGCACUGAGUCUGCCCACCAGCUGAUCCAGCCUCCAGAGGCGAGCUCGGACUGAGUCUUUCCUCUCUCCUCUGCAUCCCCCUGUCCCGAAAUCGUAGAGCGUGCAGGUGCGUCUCUUUGUUUGUCUUGUUCUUACUAAUCUCAGCCUUGUCUGGAAUGGGGGUGGGGGAGAGUGGGAAACGAAGCCCAAAGGACAUGUGGGGAAUCUGCUGCAAGGUCUGUGGAAACGAGGCUUUGGAUGAGCAAUCUGCCCUAGGAAGCCCCUUGCCUGUGUUCUGACCCGGCAGAAUGAAGCCUGGCUGGGACCCAAGAAUGCCUCUGUGCUCUCGAGCUUGUUUCUCUCGCCAGCCCACGAGCAGCAUCAAACGUUGCCCCAAGGGCCGAAUGACAGGGCAGGCCAAGGUCAGGUUGGUUCUUGGGAGUGGAGGCAGCUUGGGAUGUUGCCAGAGUAGGUCUUUCCCUUCCUAGCAUCAGCGAGGAACUAACUUCCAGGCCUUCCUUGUUAAAAAAAGAAAAAAAAACCAAACAGGAAAUGACCAGUGCUCACCAGCUCCCACAGUUCCCUGCCCAUCACUUUUGCAGUAUGAAUGCUAUCUGUUUCGCAAGCCGCUGUUCAUCCUUUUGCAUCAAGAAGACUUCAAAUGCUCAGAAGCAAUCGUGCAUUUGCUGAAAAGACAGCGCAGGUGAAACGGAUGGGAAAUCAGCAGGUUGUUUGGUAAUGUCACCGUCCGAGGAGAGAGAGGGUCUUGAAACCAUCCCUAGCACAGCACAUUGAUUCUUCCUUUCCUUCCUCUGCAAGUAUUUGUGCUAUCAUUUCUUGGAGAUGCAUGCGUGCGUGUGAUUUUAAACCGUUAAAUCUGCUCGCGUCCAGUCCAAUUCCCCCUUCGUGCGUGCGUGCGUGUGUGUAUGUGUGUGAUACUUUACAGGUGGAAAAAAUUGUUAGAAUAGCUAGCGAGUCAAAUGCACCCCUGCCCGCUUUUUUGGGAGGGGAGGGAUGCCCCAUUAGUCUGAAAUGUCACAUAUAGCCCUUCUCAGCUUGGAGGUGCUCAGAGCUCUUUGCCAAGCUUAAAUGCACCAGCAUUGGCCAGCCACACAAAGGGCCCCCUCAGCUGGCCAAGAUGGAGAAACUGAAAAUCCUUUUCAGCCUUUUCAAUAAGCAAAAUGUAGGGAAAUAAAAGGCGUAUAGCAGGUCUCCCGUAAGGUUACUCGAUAGUGUUCAUAAAGGGCUUAUCGCCCCCCCACCCCCCGUUGCAGAAAGGCUGUUAAGAAAAGACGACUUUCUUUUCUCUAAGUAUAUCCAAAUGCCCAUAUUCUUGUGUAACAGAGAAGGGGAUAUCUUUUUCCUUUUUUUUCCCUUCCCCCCCCCCCAUUUCUUUCUCUUCAUCUGAAGACCCCCUAAGUUGUGUGUUCCUUAGCGCAGUAGAACUAGCCGGCCGGUUCAAAACGUCCAGGAUUUCUAAGCCAUUCAUGCUGCAUUCAGGUGGCCUCUGAACUGAUCCCACCUCCUCACUCUUUGGCUCCUGGUCUCAGUGUUUCAGUGGCAAACCAGAACAUAAUUGGUGUUUAGCUUUUUCGGUGUCUUAUAUUUUGAGGCUGUAGGGUAUUACGUGUAUUUAGGAAGAGGUUUGAAUCUCAGAUCUGGAGUAUUCGCCAGAGGUUUGUAACUUGUAUGGAAUUUUUUUUUAAAGAAAUUGUUUCGGUCGCCUUCCCCCUCCUGAGUACCCGCUUUCUUUUUAAUGGAGUACUUCCUCUCUGAAUUCAUCAUAGACCAAGUUCAUGCCGAGACAUUCAAUUUGCAGGUGCAGUCUACUGAUGCUGCCUCUUCUUAGCACGCUGUCUAAAAAAUGAAUUGUUGCCCAGAGUCGCCUCGGAGAAAUAAAAUACGGAGAGGGAGAAUUAAUUUUGUUUUAAUUAAACUCAUUAAUUUUUUGAUUAACGGUCUGCUUUUUACCUGGGGUGGCAUCUAAAUCUUGCCUUGGCGGUAUGAACUGAAAUGACACUCUGUCUCCUCCCAUCAAUUGAAACGGGAGAGGGUGGGGGUGGGGGAGGGGAGACCCUGGAUUCCGUCUUAUCAGAGAUGCCUUUCCGGAGGCAGCACGUUGGAUUUUAGGUACAGAUUUCACUACAGUUGUAGAGUCCUGCCUACAGCUGUAGCAGUAUGGGUAUCAGGAUUCCCCUUCUCCAGUUUUUUUUUUAAAGGUGGCUUUUUAAACAGGCCUUUGGAGGGUUGAUUCUUAACAUGGGGAGUUUUUAGUAUAUGAUCUUGCAUUUCCAAGAGGCGAAAGGCACAGUUCACCAGCAGUUUCCCCGCUGAAGUCCGUUUCAGCUGCCCACCCCGUCCUAAGAUGAAAGAUCUUUCUCCAUUACUUUGCAAGCCAAAGUCCAGAUUUCUUACCUUCUGAGAAACCGCUCUUCCACUCAUGGUCGAGUGCUUUCGUUUUCUUCCCUGCCCAGAUUCAGCCGUGCUUCAGCCAGGCAGCUAUUCUAAAUCGUUUCUAACAUACUGAAGUCACAAUUCCCCCCAGCCUAAAGGGUUGCAGAAGCAUCUAAAACGCCACUCCUGCUUAAGCCAAGCAGUUCAGCUGAGCCAUGAGCACUUGGUUGGAUCUGGCCAGAGAAUAAAAUGGACCAUAUGAGAAGCAACUCUUGAGAGAGGGCAGCUAAGAUCCUGGUGCUGGGCAUGGGGGGUAGCUGCAGGUUCAAUUUAAGCAGCAUUCGCUGAAUGCCGUCUUGAGUGAAAAGGGACUUUUCUUGGGGUGGCACUUUUGCCUUUCCCUCCCAACCCCAGUAGCGUGCUGCCAUCCUCAAAAGAUUGUCAAUUAACGCACAUGUGCGUGAGUGUUGAGUGAGCAUGAGCCACCCUCUUUGGUGACGUUUCAGCCAAGAUCUCUGACCCCCCCCCCCCAAGCCACAUUUUUAAAACGCUACAAUGUUUAUAAAACAAGAAGUUGUUUGUUGUACUGUCUGACAUGUUACAAACAAACCUCUCUCCUCUGCCCUGUAUCCCUCAUCCCCUCUCUUUCAUACUUCUUGUAUUGGUUCUAAUAAAUGGUUACUUUUCAA